ACAGAGCUGAAGAAGCUUCCGGGAUGAGAAUCGAAACGUCCUAAGAAAAACGAAGGAAGUCCAAUCGCCUCGUGAAAAAAAGCACCUUUGGGUCCUCUCGUUCUUCCUGAUUUUCCUGAUGCCAGCUGGGAGCUAAGGAGAAAAACACCUGCAGGUCAGUCAUUCAUUAAUUUUAAUUAAGGGUGGAGAAAUGACUGCAAAUCCAGGUCCCAGCGAGAGUUGGAAGAACUUCCUGGAAUAUGGCUACAGCCAGGUAAACCUCAUCCAUGUAUCCAGGAUACAACUGGGAGUUACCUUGUCUAGAGACUCACCCUGCUGGUCUCUGGACCUUGGGUGGUUCUGGUGGGCACCUUGGAUCCUGGAUGAAGGCUGGUUGCUUUGAGGUUGCUUGAAUGUUUCUGCUUUACCUUGGGGUGCUCAGUCCUUCGGUUGGGAGGUGACCUUUUCCUGCAGCUGAAAAGAGGACAUGGUCCUCUCCCAUCGAAGAGUGGAAGAUGAUUGUAGUUGCGAGGUUGGGAAGAUCGGUUUUCCACGGUAGCUAUAAUGUUCAGCCUCCCAGGCGGAAACGCUGCUUACUGACUGGGUUUCACACCCCUUGAUGGGGACCUUUCCCACCCUGGUGCCCCCCCCAUCGUGGUCCACAGGUUUGGGAGAUGGCAACCAGCUUCCACCAUCAAAGUCUCUGCUCCCUGGCUGUGCUCAAAUCAAAUUGGUUUAGUCCUUGGGGAGGUGUUGAUGUUUACUAAUGGGAUGGCCCAAGACAGGCACAUCUGGAUGGAAUUAUACACCAUCUCUGUUUCCCCCUACGGGGAUGUCUCUUGCAACUACGGACAACUUAAAUACCUGUUGAGCAACGGCUGCUUAUUUGAUGUGCUCGGUGAAAAUAUGCCCACGGAUCUGGGAUUAAAACCAGGUGACUGGACGCAUGGAAGGUCUUGGUAUGAAAUGAGCUCAUUUUUCAGGUCCUUCUGGUUUGAGGGUGUGUCUUCACUGGAAGGGAGAAACUGUAGGCAUUUGGUCCUGGCUGAAGUUCCUCCACUGCUGAUUGAAGGACGCAGUCUGUCCAAGCUGUUGGGAGCUGAGCUGUGCCCAAAAAAGAGCUCCUGAGAAGAAGACGCCCUCCUCAAGGGAGCAGUGGGUCAAAAUAUUCAGAAUGCAGAGUCUUCUGAGGAGCAUCAACCAGACGGUCAAAGGGAUGGCCACCAGGGUUCCUGCUCUGGCAUGGAGGAAAGAGCUCUUGGUACAACCUCCUCGUCUGCUCCUCAGAAGGACAUCCACACAACAGCCCCACCAGAGUCUCAAGGACUUCGGUCUCCCCAACUCAAGCUGGAGCCCAGAGAUGAUGGACCAGUUUCAGAAGUUCACAAAGAUGUCCGAGGACGGAUCGUGGCAGCGCAUUCCCAGUUACAACAGCUCCGUGGACAGCAUGCCAGCUCACAGGAAAUCAGUGUACAGCCCAAGGAAGCAGAAAGAGGCCUGCUUGUUCGUCCGGAACGUGGCCACCGAAGGUCACGGAUUCGAAUUUGCCAUGUUUUACAACGGGGCUGAGAGACGGAUGGUGGUUCUGCUCCAGCCGGGAUCGUAUUUGGAAGGGAUGAUCGGGUUCGUGCACGGCGGGGCCGUGGCGGCCAUCCUCGACCACACCUUUGUGGGUUGCGGCAUCUACGCCUUCGGCAUCGUGGUGACCGCCAGCCUCUCCGUGAACUUCAAGAGCCCCAUCCCGCUGGGCUCUGUAGUCCUCGUGGAAACAAAGGUGGAGAAAGUAGAAGAGAAGAAGAUUUUCUUGUCUGGGCUUGUGCGGAGCACUGACACGCAAACCCUCCACACAGAAGCCACAGCUCUCUUGAUCCACCUGGACGCCAAGACCUCUUCCCAUCCAGUGAUAACCUCCUGCUGAUUCUCCUGAAAUCUCAACUUUUGGGGGGGGGGGAAACCCAGACUGAUGGUGUUAUUUGCACCCCUUUGAGAAUAAAAGCUCAAACUGGGCUCCGGCUGUCU